AUGCCAAGGGAAAUCAUCACCGUUCAGGCCGGACAGUGCGGCAACAGCAUUGGAAGCCAAUUCUGGCAACAGCUUUGUCAGGAGCACGGCAUCAACCAGGACGGAAACCUUGAGGACUUCGCAACCGAAGGCGGUGAUCGCAAAGACGUUUUCUACUACCAGAGUGAUGACACAAGAUACAUCCCACGAGCUAUCCUAGUCGACCUGGAGCCGAGGGUCAUCAACGGCAUUCAAACAGGGCCAUACAAGAACAUUUACAACCCGGAGAACUUCUAUGUCGGCAAAAAUGGAGUUGGCGCGGCGAACAACUGGGGUGACGGUUACCAGACGGGCGAGGUGGUCUACGAAGACAUCAUGGAAAUGAUUGACCGCGAGGCGGAUGGUAGUGAUUCGCUAGAAGGCUUCAUGAUGCUGCACUCCAUUGCGGGCGGUACCGGAUCCGGUCUUGGUUCUUUCCUCCUGGAGAGACUCAACGAUCGGUUUCCCAAGAAGAUCAUCCAGACAUACUCUGUCUUCCCCGAUACCACAAACGCCGGAGAUGUCGUUGUCCAUCCAUACAACAGCGUCCUCGCCAUGAGAAGGUUAACGCAGAACGCCGAUUCAGUCGUGGUGCUGGAUAACGGAGCCCUAUCACGGAUUGCAGCCGACAGGCUGCACGUCCAAGAACCAUCUUUUGCUCAAACAAACCAAUUGGUUUCAACUGUCAUGUCUGCCAGCACAACAACUCUUAGAUACCCGGGAUACAUGCACAACGAUCUGGUCAGCAUCUUGGCCUCGUUGAUUCCCACUCCCCGGUGCCACUUCCUUAUGACAGCAUACACGCCAUUCACAGGCGAUCAGGUUGAGCAGGCCAAGACCGUGCGCAAGACCACAGUACUGGACGUCAUGCGGAGACUGCUGCAGCCCAAGAACCGUAUGGUUUCGACCCAACCAGGAAAGAAGAGCUGCUACAUUUCCAUUCUGAACGUCAUUCAGGGCGAAGUGGAUCCUACCGACGUCCACAAGAGCUUGCUGAGAAUCAGGGAACGACGACUGGCGACAUUUAUCCCUUGGGGUCCAGCAAGCAUCCAGGUGGCUCUGACAAAGCGGAGCCCUUACAUCCCGAUGGCCCACCGCGUCAGCGGGCUGAUGCUGGCGAACCACACAAGCAUUGCGACUCUGUUCAAGAGAAUUCUUAAACAGUACGAUGGAAUGCGGAAGCGCAAUGCUUUCAUGGAAGGAUACAAGAAGACGGCGCCAUUUGCAGAAAACCUGGACGAAUUCGACGAGGCCCGAGAGGUCGUGUCAGAUCUGAUUCAAGAGUACGAGGCAGCAGAGGACUCCGACUACUUGAACCCUGACACAGGAGACAAGGCGACCUCAGCUGAAACCGACAAGAGGAUGGCAUAA